AUGAGAGAUAGUCGACGACCAUCGCAAUGUGGCGAGCUCAAAACAGCAGUGGCCUUCCAUGAUUUCGCGAUGCUCCACAACAGCGUUCACAAGUCACCACCACCACAAAGGCGGCGUCGUAGAGCUCGAACCGUCGCACCCGCCAUUCGCUGUGGGUCGAAUCAAGAUCGGGCUAUGGUCGUGGAACUGGGUUCGAGGAGCGUCGUGACCGGAAUCGUUGCUGUCUCAGGCCACAAAAUUCCGACAAACUCCACUCUUGAUCUGUCAUUCAACAAUUUCACCGGAGAGAUUCCGGAAUCACCUGUUUUCUUCAACCACGAAACGAAAUCAUUUUCCGGAAAUCAACUCCGGCGAGCACUUCACCACCUAAUCCUAACCCAACACCCAUUAGAGGAUUGGUUCCUCAACUUGUCACCGGAAUCUAAAACUCUCCACCGCCAAAGUCCCCUGUUUUAUUCACCGGAAGUUGCAGAGGUGCAGCAACCCAGUUCUUGCUUCAUUGUCAACCAACAUCAAGCUCUCUCACCGGCGACAAGCACGAGCUUAGGUCUGAUCGGAAUGAGCUUAGGUCGACAAGCACAAGCACAAGCACGAGUGGUUUUCUUCAUAUGCAAAACACAGGAAUAUGCUUCCGUAGACCAUCAAGGUUUUCAUAAACCACUUCAUGAACCAUUGAAGCAAGUACAAAAUGUUACAAACAAAUGGCAGUACAAGAAGUCAUUCAGAUGUUGUCAAUGGAGAUUUACUUUAGCUGAUACUCCUACAAACAGUGAGAGUGAAACAAGUAGAAGAAAGUGCACAUUAAUCCGAAAACAAUUUAUUCCUGUCACAAUAGAACCCGAGCAUGGAUCACAAUCCAAGGAUGAUCAUUUGGCGACAUUUCUGAAUAGUCUUUCUAAGCAAUUGGAUGCAUUCUACAGGUUUUCUCGUCCCCACACUGUAAUUGGCACAGUUAUGGGAAUAACUUCAGUUUCUCUUCUUCCUCUAGCAUCAGCUACUGAUCUCUCUCCGGUAUUUUUACUGGGAUUAAUGAAGGCACUGAUUCCAGCUAUAUCGAUGAACAUUUACGUUGUGGGACUAAACCAAUUGUUUGAUGUCGAAAUAGACAAGGUUAACAAACCCAAUCUUCCUCUGGCUUCCGGAGAAUUUUCUGUGGGAUUCGGAAUGGCAAUCGUGUCCACAUUUCUAUUGAUGAGUUUCACCAUGGGAAUUGUGUUUCAGUCCCCGCCAUUGUUUUCCGCCCUUCUCAUAAGUUUUCUACUUGGGAGUGCAUAUUCUAUUGAGCUUCCCUUACUCAGAUGGAAAAGAAAUGCAUUCCUUGCUGCAAUAUGCAUCAUCAUUGUGAGGGCAAUCGUCGUUCAGUUUGCCUUCUUUGUACACAUCCAGAAAUAUGUGCUCGGUAGGCCAACAAUGUUUACAAAGUCAUUGUUCUUUGCAGUUGCGUUCAUGUGCUUCUUCUCCACCGUUAUAGCAUUAUUCAAGGACAUACCGGACGUGGAUGGUGAUAGGGAUUUUGGCAUUCAAUCAUUCAGUGUCAGCCUAGGACAAGAAAGAGUAUUUUGGCUUUGCAUUACCAUGUUGUUAAUGGCAUAUGGAGCUGCAAUGGUAAUAGGAGCUUCGUCUUCCUUCCUAGCUAACAAGCUGGUCACAGUAUUAGGCCACUGUGCACUUGCUUCCCUCCUGCUGUUCCGAGCUCGUUCUGUUGAUCUCGCUAGUAAGGCAUCAGUAACAUCAUUUUACAUGUUCAUAUGGAAGCUAUUCUAUGCUGAGUACCUUCUUAUUCCUUUCGUGCGUUGAGGUGGUUUUGCAAAUCUUCCAGAUGCAGAAAGUUUGAUGUUUACUGUCUUAUAAAUACCAUUCUGUGGGUAGAUUGUAGAGAAACUUUUUUCAGUUUUCAACUU